CUAAUUAAAUAGUGACGAAGGAUAAACAACAACAAAAAAACGAUCGCAUUAUACAUGCUUCUUUUAUAAGCAAGUCCAGAUUUUUUAAGAAAACGAAGCAACAUUUAAGCGACAGCCAGCCUGAAAUUAAGAAAAAAGAGUUUAACAACAACAUCUUCAAUCGCUAUAACAUGUUGUCCAAACUUCGCAUGUUUACACCUGGCUUGCAGCAUGUUAAGAAGCUUUCUGGCAUCACCAAAAGAGCUCCUUCGUCAUUAUCAAUGGGUGAUCUUGCGCCACUGGUGGAUUGCAGACAAGGGGAAAAAACUGGAAGUGUUUUUAGCAAUCAGGAGAUGGAAAACAGACUAUACAAACUUCGAGAAGAAAUGGUCGCUAGAGAUAUUGAUGUGUGCGUGUUUACUUCACACCAUAACAUUGCAUACUACAGCGAAUUUUUAUAUUGUUACUUUGGUCGCCCUUAUGGCUUAGUUGUAACUAUGGACAACCAAACAACUAUAUCAGCAAAAAUUGACUAUGGACAACCUUGGAGAAAAACAUACGGUGACAAUAUUACGUACACCGAUUGGCAACAAGACAAUUACUUCAAAGCUGUUCAGCAAUUGGUUGGUGAUAAUAAAAGAAUUGGGCUCGAAUUCGAUCAUGUUCAUGUCCAUAGAAUGGAAACAUUCCAAUCAGCAUUGCCCCGUGCCACGUUCGUUGAUGUUGGCAUUCCAACGAUGAAGUUGCGGUUUAUCAAAUCCGAUGAAGAAAUCGCUCUCAUUAAAAAUGGAGCUCGCAUUGCAGACAUAGGUGGAGAAAUAGCAAAAGAAGCUAUAUGUGAAAAUGUCCCGGAGUACGAAGUAGCACUGGCUUCUACACGUGCAAUGGUACGAGAAAUUGCGUUAACAUAUCCACAAACAGAUAUAAUGGAUACAUGGACAUGGUUGCAAUCUGGUAUAAAUACCGACGGUGCUCAUAAUCCGGUCACGACACGCAGAAUACAGAAAGGAGAUAUAAUCAGUUUAAACUGCUUUCCUAUAAUCGCAGGAUACUAUACAGCACUAGAAAGAACAAUGUUUCUGGACCAUGCCACAGAGAAGCAGCUGGAAUUAUGGGAGAUCAAUUGCAAAGUCCAUCGACGUGGAUGUGAAAUCAUAAAACCUGGCGUGAAGUGUAAAGACAUAGCUAAUGAAUUAAACGAAAUUUUCAAAGAAUACGGUUUGCUUAAGCAUCGUACCUUUGGAUACGGUCAUUCAUUUGGUAUGUUGUCUCAUUAUUACGGUAGAGAAGCUGGGUUGGAACUAAGAGAGGACAUCGACACUGUCAUUCAACCAAAUAUGGUUUUAUCCAUGGAGCCGAUGAUUACUAUACCCGAAGGAGAGCCAGGUGCAGGUGGUUAUAGAGAACACGAUAUUUUAGUAGUGGGGAAAGACGGAGCAGAAAACAUCACAAAAUUUCCCUUCGGUCCUGAACAUAACAUAAUUAGGAAUUAAAUUCAGUAGACCUCGGAACACGAUAUAAAAAUGCACGCGCUUAUGGUGCCUUUUUCUCGUAAUUAUGUUAUUGUUAAUUUUUUUAGCCACAUUUAUCUUUUAUAUUUAUAAAAAUUGGUUAAAAUAUAUAGCUUCAAAGAUUUCCA